UGCGGGCAGGCGCGGCUCCUCUGAGUACUUGGGCAGGAGGGUCUCUGGGUCAGUGGCUUGGGAACCACCCCAGCUGACUCAGUUUCUAGCUGGCAAUUCAGUGGGGCCGGUUUACUGCGGAGACAUCCUGGCCCCGGUGGCAGCAGCUGGCGAGGGCAGACGCCAGGCUAGCAACACCUCCUAAGCAAACAGAGCUGAGGAAACCAGAGAUCUGUGAAGAAACAAGCCCAGGAGGAGGAAAGGCCUCCAGGGAACCGCGCUUCGCAGGUUCCUUAGGGUGCUGGUGGAGACCAGCCACUGGGUCGCACGUACAAAAUUGGAAAUGUUGGAUUCUCCAGAACCGAAGGGCCUUGUCCCCUUCACUGAAGAAUCUCUUGAACUUAUAAAACAGCAUAUUGCUAAAAAUCACAAUGAGGAACGUGAAGAAGAUGAUGUAAAGCCAGACCCUGCCUUGGAAGUUGGCAAAGAGCUUCCAUUCAUUUAUGGAGACCUUUCUCGAGGAAUGGUGUCAGAGCCCUUGGAAGACGUGGACUCAUAUUACUAUGUGAAAAAAAAUACUUUCAUGGUAUUAAAUAAAAAUAGAACAAUCUUCAGAUUCAAUGCCGCUUCCAUCUUGUGCACGUUGUCUCCUUUCAGUUCCAUCCGAGGAACAACUAUCAAAGUUUUGGUGCAUCCCUUUUUCCGACUGUUAAUUUUAAUUAGUGUCCUCAUUGAUUGCAUAUUUAUGUCUAUGAAGAACUGGUCAAUAUGGAUAACAGCAAUUGAGAAUACUUUACUUGGAAUUUACACAUUUGAAAUACUUGUCAAAAUCAUUGCAAGAGGCGUCUGGGCAGGAUCUUUUUCUUUCCUUGGUGAUCUAUGGAACUGGCUUGAUUUCAGUGUAACCUUAUUUGAGAUUAUAAUAAGGUAUUCACCUCUAAACUUCGUUCUAAAUCUUAAGACUGUAAGAACUUUGAGAAUUUUGAAAAUUAUUCCAUUAAACCAAGGCCUGAAGUCCCUUGUAGAGACCCUGAUCCAGUGCUUGAAGAAACUUUUUGGUGCCAUUAUCCUAACUCUGUUUUUUCUGAGCAUAUUUUCUCUAAUUGGAAUGGGUCUCUUCAUGGGCAACCUGAAGCAUAAAUGCUUGCGAUGGCCCCAAGAAAAUGAAAAUGAAACCCUGCACAACCGAACUGGAAACCCAUAUUAUAUUCGGGAAACAGAGAAUUUUUACUACUUGGAAGGGGAACAAUAUGCUCUACUUUGUGGCAACACAACAGAUGCUGGUCAGUGUCCUGAAGGAUAUGUGUGUGUAAAAGCUGGCAUAAAUCCUGAUCGUGGCUACACAAACUUUGACAACUUUGGGUGGGCUUUACUUGCCCUAUUUCGGUUAAUGACUCAGGAUUACCCUGAAGCACUUUAUCACCAGAUUCUUUAUGCUUCUGGGAAGAGCUACAUGAUAUUUUUUGUUGUGGUCAGCUUUUGGUUUGCUUUUUAUUUGGCAAGUUUGUUCUUGGGCACCCUUGCCAUGGUCUAUGAAGAAGGAAAGCAUGCAACUUCUGGAAAAUCUAAGAAAAGGGAACCAAAAUUUCAACAGCCUAUAAAACAACUUCAAGAAGGAAGAGAAGAAGUUGAGAGUAAAACCACACAAAUAGAAAUGAAGAAAAGAUCACCAGCUUCCAUUAACACAUCUUUGGAUGUAUUGGAAGAAGAAGAUACCCCCAAACAUACAGAAGAACUUAAAAAAUCCCAGAAGAAGUGCCCGUUGUAUUGGCAUAGGUUUGCGAAAACUUUCAUGAUCUGGAAUUGUUCACCCUGUUGGUUAAAAUUGAAAGAGUUUGUCCAUAGGCUUAUAACAGACCCAUUUACUGAUCUUUUCCUUCUCAUAUGUAUAAUUUUAAACAUAUAUUUUUUGACAUGGGAGCACUAUCCAAUGAGUGAUGACAACAGCUGUCUGCUCAGCAUUGGCAACUUGGUUUUCGUUGGAAUUUUUACAGCAGAAAUGGUUUUUAAAAUAAUUGCCAUGCAACCAUAUUGGUAUUUCCAAGUUGGCUGGAACAUUUUUGAUAGUGUAAUUGUGUUCCAGGGUUUAGCAGAACUUUAUCUGGCAAAUGUUGAAGGAUUGGCUCUUUUUCGAUCAUUCAGGAUAUUGCGUAUUUUCAAGUUGGGGAAAUAUUGGCCAACAUUUGAAAUUCUGAUGCUGACUCUUGGAAACUCACUGAUGGCCCUGAAAGACUUGAUCCUGCUGUUGUUCACAUUCAUCUUCUUUUCUGCUGUAUUUGGCAUGAAGUUGUUUGGUUGGAGUUACAAAGCAUGUGUCUGCCGCAUAGAUGAAAAUUGUCAUCUCCCACACUGGCACAUGUAUGACUUCUUUCACUCCUGCCUUAAUGUGUUCCGAAUUCUCUGUGGAGAGUGGAUAGAAACCUUGUGGGAUUGCAUGGAGGUAGCAGGCCAACCCUGGUGCAUUUCUUUUUACAUGAUGGUCAUUUUAAUUGGAAACUUACUGAUACUUUACCUGUUUCUGGCACUGGUGAGCUCAUUUAGUUCAUACAAAGAUUCAACAAGUGAAGAGAACAAUGAAGCAAAAAAUAUCCAGCUUGCAAUGGCAAGGAUUAAGAAAGGAGUAAACUAUGUGCUUCAUAAAAUAUUGUGCAAAAAGAAAAAUGUUCCACAGGAAACAACGGACCAUGUAAAUGAUACAUACAUUAAAGAGAACAUUUCUGACCAUACGCUUUCUGAAAUCAGCAACACCCAGGAUUUCUUCAAGGAUAAGGAGAAAAGCAGUGGCGCAGAGAAAAACACCAUGACUGACAAUGAGAGUCAGUCACUUAUCCCCAGCCCCAGUGUCUCAGAAACUGUACCAAUCGCUUCAGGAGAGUCUGACAUAGAAAAUCUGGAUAACAAGGAGAUUCAGAGCAAGUCGGGCAAUGGAGACAGCAGAGAUAAAAUAAAACAAUCUAGCUCAUCUGAAUGCAGUACAGUUGAUAUUGCUAUCUCUGAAGAAGAAGAAAUGGUAUAUGAAUGUGAAAAGUCAAAGCAUCUUAAAAAUGGUUUUGAACAGAGAUCUUCACCUGGUCAAAUCAGUAGAGUAUCCAAGAAAGGAAAAAUCUGGCAGAACAUAAGGAAAACUUGCUGCAAGAUAGUAGAAAACAGUUGGUUUAAGUGUUUCAUUGGCCUUGUGACUCUGCUCAGCACAGGUGCCCUGGCUUUUGAAGAUAUAUAUAUUGAUCAACGAAAGACUAUUAAAAUCUUACUGGAAUAUGCAGACAUGAUCUUCACUUACAUCUUCAUUCUGGAAAUGCUUCUAAAGUGGAUGGCAUAUGGUUUCAAAGUCUAUUUCUCUAAUGUAUGGUACAAGCUGGACUUCAUGGUUGUCAUUGUGUUUUGUCUUAGCUUAUUAGGCAAAACUCGGGAAGAUCUAAAACCACUAACUUCCAUUAAAUUCCUUCGUGCACUCAGAGUUCUAUCUCAAUUUGAAAGAAUGAAGGUUGUUGUGAGAGGUUUGAUAAAAACAACUUUAUCCACUCUGAAUGUGUUUCUGGUCUGCCUUAUGAUCUGGCUGGUAUUUAGUAUCAUGGGAGUACACUUAUUUGCUGGCACAUUCUAUGAAUGCAUUGACCCAACAAGUGAGGAAAGGUUUCCUGUAUCUGAAGUCACGAAUAGGAGUCAAUGUGAAAACCUUGUGUUGAAUGAAUCCAUGCCAUGGGAGAAUGCAAAACUGAACUUUGAUAAUGUUGGAAAUGGUUUCCUCUCUCUGCUUCAAGUAGCAACAUUUAAUGGAUGGAUCACCAUUAUGAAUUCAGCAGUUGAUUCUGUUGGUGUAAAUAUGCAGCCUGUUUUUGAGUACAACCUCUAUAUGUAUUGUUACUUUAUCAGCUUCGUUAUCCUUGGAUUAUUUCUCCCUCUGAGUGUGCUGAUCAGUGUUAUUAUUACUAAUUUCAACAAGCAUAAAAUAAAGCAAGGAGGCUCAAAUAUCUUUAUAACAGUGAAACAGAGGAAACAAUACCGUAAACUGAAGAGGCUGAUGUAUGAAGACUCCCAUAGACCAGUACCUCGCCCAGGAAACAAGUUCCAAGGCUUUAUUUUUGACUUGGUAACAAAUCAAGUUUUUAAUGUUAUCGUCAUGGUUCUUAUCUAUGUCCAAGCAAUAACCAUUAUGAUCCAAAGUGAUGAACAGAGUCAACAAAUGGAUACAGCUGUCUACUGGAUCAACUCAAUUUUUGUUAUGUUGUAUACUAUAGAAUGUAUACUGAAACUCAUCUCUUUCCAUUGUUACUAUUUCACAUUCAUAUGGAACAUUUUUGAUUUUAUGGUGGUAAUUUUCUCCAUUACAGGACUGUUACUGCCUAUGACAGUAGGAUACUACCUUGUGCCUCCUUCACUUGUUCAACUGAUUCUUCUCUCUCGGAUCAUCCACAGCCUGCGUCUUGGGAAAGGACCAAAGGUGUUCCAUAAUCUGAUGUUUCCUUUAAUGCUGUCUCUCCCAGCAUUGUUGAACAUUGGUCUUUUCAUCUUCCUGAUCAUGUUCAUCUAUGCCAUCUUUGGAAUGUACAAUUUUGCCUAUGUGAAAAAAGAAGCUGGAAUUAAUGAUGUGUCCAACUUUGAAACAUUUGGCAGCAGUAUGCUCUGUCUUUUUCAAGUUACAAUAUUUGCUGGUUGGGAUGGUAUGCUCAAUGCAAUCUUCCACAGUAAAUGGUCUGACUGUGAUCCUGAUAAAAUUAACCCUGGCACUCAGGUUAGAGGUGAUUGUGGUAACCCUUCUGUGGGGAUUUUCUAUUUUGUCAGUUAUAUCCUUAUAUCAUGGCUGGUCAUUGUUAACAUGUAUAUUGUUGUGGUCAUGGAGUUUUUAAGUAUUGCUUCUAAGAAAAAAGCUAGGACCUUGAGUGAAGAUGAUUUUAGGAAAUUCUUUCAAGUGUGGAAAAGGUUUGACCCUGAUAGGACACAGUAUAUAGACUCCAGCCAACUUUCAGACUUUGCAGCUGCUCUUGAUCCUCCUCUUUUCAUGGCAAAACCAAACAAGGGCCAGCUCAUUGCUAUGGAUCUUCCCAUGGCUGUUGGAGACAGAAUCCACUGCCUUGACAUCUUACUUGCUUUUACUAAACGAGUUAUGGGAAAAGAUGCGAGGGUGGAAAAACUCCUCUCGGAGGUAGAAUCAGGGUUUGUACUAGCCAACCCUUUUAAAAUCACGUAUGAACCAAUUACAACUACUCUAAAAAGAAAACAAGAGGCAGUUUCAGCCACCAUUAUUCAGCGUGCUUAUAAAAAUUACCGCUUGAGGCAAAAUGACAAAAAUACAUCGGAUGUUCACAUAAUAGAUGGUGACAGAGAUGUUCAAGGCAAAGAAGGUGUCCAUUUUGACAAAGCUAAGGAAAAAUCAACUAUUCAAAGCCAAAUCUAAUCACAUUUAUUACCUCUUUACUUUCUUCAUAUAUCCCUCAAAUGCUGAAAGCUUAAGGAAUUAAACAUCAGAGAGAGUAAAGAUAGCUAUUAAUUGUUCACUCUUGGUGGAAGUUAAGCUUUUGUUCCCCAGUCUUCAUGCCAAACCCACUUUUUCACCUCUAUGUGUUCAAUCUAAAUAAUCUAUUAAGAAAGACAGUCCCUAAAUAUUGCUGCAGUGGAAGUAGGUAAGUGACCUUUUGACAAACCAGUGUUUUCCCCUCAUAGCUCCUUAGAUGUGUGCCCAUGCUAGAGGAUGGAGGCAGGUGGUGGUAAAAAUUAGCAGCCAAGGAGGUGUCCUUGUGUAUUUCACUUCUGCUUUAAUGGGCUUCUAGUCACCCUACCAUGACUCAGUUACAGGUAAGGAAGGACUUUCUUAAUAUGGGAUGGUGUUUUAAAACUAGUGAAAUCCUACAGGCCAAAAUUAAAUCAUCAACUUGCCUAAACCAAUGCCAGUUGGGUCAAGGAGGGUGCAGUUAUUUAGGAAGUGCCUUUGAAAUAAAUCCCAGAGACUCUCGAGCUAAUUAGAUCCAUGUUUGUGAAAGACUGGCUGAAGCCCUACCUUCUGUUUUUGUUUGUUCUUGUUUUCUUUCUUUCCUUUCCUUUAUUUUCCCCCCUUCUGCCCGGACACUGGUAGUGGAUUAAUGCUGUUUAUUGUUCUAGUUCCUGGUUUCUCAUCUCUUUGGCUAAUUCUACCUAAGCCCCAGCUCUUCAGCAAAAUGGAUUCAUAGAACAAGAAGCAUCCAUGAAACUGCUGUUAUGGCCUACAUUUUCAUCUCACACUUUUUUUUUAAAGUAUACACUUACUAAAAUGAUAUCAUAAGUAAUACAUUAAUGAACUCAGCACUGCCUUAUUAUAAAACUGAUAUUUUUUCCAUUAAUCCUUAAUAUAACAUUGAGUAUGUACCAUUCAGCAAGUGCAUGCUAUAAUAUGGAUUAGAAGAGCUGAAGCCUACCAGUAUGUGUACGGAUUUUUCUCAGUGUCUUGAUCUUAAUUGGGAAACUAACCACUCUAAAGUGCUUUUCACUCUACUUAUAUCCUUAUAGCUUAAAGAAAGGAAAUCAUCAUUCAAACUCUGAGUGCUGUGAAUUAGGAAAUGAGAGUGUAAGUCAUCCUUUUAUAGCAUGAGUAUAUGCAGUUAGUUUCACUUACUCAUUUCUAAGUGUUUUGUUUUAAUUUCAUCAUGUACAGAAGUACUCUGUAAAACGUUUUAUAUUUGAGAAACUUUAGAAUUUUAAACAUCAGUUUUCACCAUUGAAAUUAUUCUCAGAGUUAGAAAGAUUUGGUUUUGGAGUUAUUCAUAAAAGAGUAGUCAUUUACAUCCAUGUAGUUCAAGAAUCUGAUAUUUACCCCAUUUGUAUGAAAGCUGAUUUCAGUGUGCCUACAAAGCCCUAACGGAGUAAAAAGGAAAAUCUGUAUACUGUUGACUUAAAUAAUGAGCUUUAAAUAUAUAGUAUGACAAUGACUAUUAUUUACAUAUUGAUAAUUGUAUUUUAUUAUGAAUGCAUGAUCUUGAGCCUUAACAAUUAUGUUUUUGCUCCUCAGAAAUUUAAUAACCUUACCAAGAUGCCUUUGGGGGGACCCCUAAGUAAAUGUAAUUUCAGGGUUCAUUUUUUCUAUAUAUAUUCCUUUCCUUUCUUCUCUUGCUCUCCAUCCCAAGAUGGGGUCCAGAGAGCAAUCAGUGUUGACUUAUAACAUGGCAACAGCUGGUGCUUUACUGAGGUUUUUAUGCUUUCCAUUUCUUGGGAUGCUUUAAUAUGGAAAUUGCUUCAGAAACUGACACUGUAUUAUAACUUGCUUCUAUAAAUUCCACAAAGACCAAAAAACUGAUUUAAGUCUGAAAGUUAUCGCUUUUACUUGUAAACUGUGUUUGCCAGUAACCUUCCAAAAACUGUGUAAAGGUUUAUUUUUAACAAAAUAUUACAACAUAGUCUACUUUUUACAUACUAUAGAAAAUAAUAAAGACCAUAUGUUAACCACA